CGCAACUCGAGGACCACAAACGGGCCAUUCUCUGGCCGUCCAUGCCCACAUUCCGUUACCAUGGCGCCAGGCGAACCGAACCAGGAACGGAAACGCGGCCGGCCUCCCGGAUCCUCCGCCGCGUCGAGGCAUGGGCCCAAGUAUGUCCAUUCACAGAAUCAAAUGAGUCCUGACGCUGUCGCGGAGGCGGAAACCCCCCCCAAGAAACGAGGACGUCCGCACAAAAGGAUCGAUCCAGGGGCUCGAGAUGAAGCUCAACCCGCAACCGAACAAGUCGACCAGACGGCGCUGUCGGCUAUGGCCCCAAAAAGGAGGGGGCGUCCGCCAAAGACUCGUGGCCCUGAACCGGCGGAGGAAGUUUCUCCCGAGGAGCGGCCACGCAAGCGAAGGAGGGAGGUAGAGGAAGAGGAGGAAGAAGGAGAACAAAGGGACGGCGGGAGAGGCAAGUCCCGUAGGUCGGACAAGGUAUCGAACAAUGCACCACGGGAACAUCCCGACGAUCAAGGAACAGAGGAAGCGACACGACGGAAAGGAAGAGGUCGCCGGGCUGACGGGAGCCCUGUACGACCACCCCAGCGAGCAUCUCAGGCCGAGAGCGGACAGGCAGAGAGAGCGAAAGGCAGAUCGGGGCGGAAGCCGGCAAAUCGUGAAGACCGGGGCGAAGACCGGGAAACGGACGAGACCUCUCAGCGCAGAAGUCGAAGGAAGCGCCUGUCUGUCGAAGAUAAGCAAGAGGGGCCUGGCAAAGAGCCAUCCCUAGGAGCUUCAGGUUCAGGCCCAAGCACACAAACACAGGCCCCAGCAAAACGAAGGCGCGGCCGCCCCUCGCUAGCAGAAGUGUCCGUCUCGAGGGUUCAAAACCAGGCUUUUUCUCCUCAACCGGAGAAGAUGCAAGCAAAGAAGAGGGGGCGGGAGCGCCCUCCUCGGGCUUCCAAUCCCGACGCGGCCGAGUCGUCGCGCCAGGUCGCGGAACCAUCGUCCUCGGACAGGCCAGCGAGACCGGCGGCAACCAACAAGCUCCCCAACCGGCGCACCUCCGCCGAAGCCACCGGGCCGGCCGGCGAGCCAUCACGACAACAACAAGAAGAUCCCCUCGACAUGCUCGCCAAACACCGCCGCCUGACGGCCCUCACCCGACACAUCCCGCGCGCGACCAUCGCGUCCAAGUGGACGACCCUCUCGGCCCCGUCCAUCGCGGCCGUCUCCUCCCUCCUGGCCGACAGCGCCCGCCCCGUGCUCCACCGCCUCCGCGACCGCGACCAGCGCCACGCGCAGGCCGCCCUCAUCCUGCGCACCUUCGCCGCCCGCCUGCACUCCAAGCUGGUCAAGGGCAUGCCCUUCCCGCCCCCGACCGUCCCCGCGCCGAGGGGGAGGAGGCCGACGAAGGGGGGUUCUGGAGGAGGAGGAGGAGAAGGAGCGACGGGAGGAAACAGUGGCGGCGGCGGGGGAGGACACGAGGUCGAGCUGGACUUUGAGAAGACGGUCGACGCCAUCGCGGGCCUGGAGCGCGCGCUGGAUCCGCUGCUGCACAGCUUGGUCCUCCUGAGGCGGGAGAAGGAGCGGGAGGAGAGGGCGCUCGAGAGGGACUACGCGGCCCUGCGGCGGCUGGAGGCGAACGCGAGGGCGCAGGCCAGGGGCUGGAAGGAGGGCCGCGGGAGGGGCAGGGAGCACGUCCUGGUCGGGGGGCUCGUCGGGGCGGAGGGGGAUAGGAAUGGGGAAAGCGGUUCGUUGGAGCUUGUUCCGCCUUCGGCCAAGCACGGAGCGGGUGGUGCCGGUGGGGUUUUCAAGGAUCUGCAGGAGGAAGAACUGCUCGCCCUGUCGCAGCAGAUUGGGAGCCACAUGGAGAGCAUGAAGAACAACUUGAGUCAGAUCGAGGGGGUGCUGCCUGCUAUUGCGAGAAGCAGAGCUGCGCUACAGGGAGUGCUGUGUGAGCAUCUGGAUCCGGAACAGUAUGAACAGGUGCUGCUUGGGUAAAUGUCGAUAAAAGAAUACACAGACAGGGCUUGGUUGUGGACUGUGGCGGGCAUUCACAAAGGUUGGCUUGACUUGGCUUGGCUGGCUCGACUUGGCUGGUUUCUGUAUGGAUAUGAUACCCUUGGUUUUGAUCAUGGUAGUUGGGAUGGGAGACUUGAGUUGUACGUAGCAUUCAUUCAUUGUCCGGGAGCAUGGCAUUGAAUGUGUGGAUUGUGUCCGCCCGAGCGUUGCACUCGUAGCGGCGCCAGCAGGUGCAGGUGGGGAGACCGGCCAGCGAUCAACUAGUUCCUAACCUGCCUCAUCUGCUCAUUCUUUUCUCUUCCUCUCUUCCAUCUUUCUUUUCUGCUCUUCUG